AUUCACACCACCGAUCAACACACGGGCUUCUGUGCAACCUGUUACUGCCAACACGAACGGAAAAGAUUACACCACUUAAUGCUUAGUAUCAUUUGGUUUUGUUAAAGAAAAAUAGUCGUUUGUUCAUAGAAACCCUGUCACUCAGAAUCUGAGUCUCGAAUCCAGCGCGUGGAGCGCGACUGACGUGUAUUGAGUGACAGCCGUGUUGAUCCGAGCAGCGAAACCCGCGUGAAAGACAUCGUAUUUUUUAGGACGUAUUUAUUUUUUUUCGACUUAAACAACAGGGUUCGCACACGUACCCGGAGACCUCCGUCAAGCAAGCCUGUGUAAUUCCUCUGGACGUCGACUAAGCGGUAACAUCCACAGUGAGUGAAGCAAGCACUAAUGAAGAAGCAAUGGUCAUUUUCUACAAUUUGCUGAUGAGGACACAACAGGUGUGAGUGGGGUUGUGGCAGCAACUCUUUAACCAUGACCCUCACCAAUAUGGUUUGCAGUGAACAGAAUGCUAGCACAUCAGUGCCUAAAAAGGAAACGCAGACCCGCAAGAAGCGGAAAUCCCGUCCUCAGGGUCUGCCUUCUCCAGCCCUCUGCUGUGCAUGUGGAUUGUGCAUUAUGUUGGCAGGCAUCAACAUCACCUUAGUAGGCGCCUUCGCCUUCAGCACGCUUGUGCCCUCUAGCAAUCCCCCAAUCAUCAUCGGACCUAUACUCCUGCUUGUGGCGUUCUCCUUCUUCGGGGCUUGCUGCAUCUGCAGUCGCUUGCCUCCGCCUCAGAGCUCUCGACGGUCUAAAGGUGGCGGCGGUUUGGGAUUCAUGGGUCGGGGCGGAGGGGGGUUGAGUGGAGGGGCGGCGUUUGAGAUUGAGACCAGCGAACACACUAUGCAGGACACCACAGCCGUUCAGCUCAGUCCCACCAACUCGCCCUGCUCCUCUCACGCCUCCAGCCCCGAAAGAGAGGCUCCUGCCACUGCCGCCAACGCCACCGUUCCCGCCCCAGACUACGUCCCUCCACGAGCCUGCAAGCUCUUCACUAUGGAGGCCAAUGGACCUAGCUCAGCAGCCUUUUCUGCUUCUACAGGGGGUGGAGGGGCGGUCCGGCUCACUUUGCCCUCAGACUGCGCCGCCACUUAAGGCUGCCAGUUUAGGUUGCACUCUGGAGAAGGGCUGCUAUUACGUUAUGUAAAUAGUUUUUCAGAGAGGAAGACAAGCGCUUCGUGUGAAGAAUUCAUUUGAUCAUCACAGCUGGCUUGCGCCACGAGGUGCAAUAACAAUUGAAAUGUUCCCAUAAAUUCAGCGGGUUGAUUUUUGGAGUCUGCGAGACCCAUGUGCUCCUAAUAGAAAUGAAAGAGGUAUGUCAGAAGCACAUGAAGAGCAUUCGCGUUCUAAAGAGAGAGAGCCUUGAAAGGUGAAUCACUGUGGUGUGCUUCACAUAUUCAUACUGUGCCACUGUUACUCAGAGCCUUCACAGUUACUGCGCUCAAAAGAGACAGAAUCAGCUGUCGUGUGAAGAUGGCUUUGGAGACGAGCCUGAGAAACAGAACGGAGAAAGACAUAACACUGCUGUUGUCAUAUGUCAGUGUACAGACCAAAAAACAGAGUUGGUGUCUAUUUUCUCGUAGUCAUUUUAAAUGUUAAAAUAUAUUUGAACGGUCAAUUUUAGACCGAAGACUCUCCAUGGCCAACCUUUUUUGGAUUUUGUCUUUAUCGGAUGAUAAAAUAAGCCGCGUCACUGUGCAAGAGAGAGAGCACUGCCGUUUUUUCACGCGAUUUAGAAAAUGAGGUUGCCAAGCAGAUGCAUUGUUUGUGUUCAAGUCAGACAAAUAAUUAAUGCGCAAUGAAAGGCGGAAUUAAAACUUUUUCCAAUUAUAGUGCAAUUCUCCGAACUCAGUGUGGGGUGGACAUGCACAUUUGAUGACUGAGCAGUACUUUUACCAUUGUUGACUUCUGUUUGUCAUUGAAUGUUGUGACUUAUUCAAUGAACCAACAUUGUUCUAUAAGAAGAAGAAGAAGAAAAAAAAAAACAGCCGCAAGCCUUCUGUCUUUAUUUUACACUGUGGUUUAUAAUGCUGCCAAGUAAGACAAUAUUUAUUUCCUUUAUGGUUGCCAAAAGCUGAUUUCUCCUUCAAGCAUUCCUGUCCUGUUGUUCUCUGUUGUCAAUACUUGUCUUAUGUCAACAGUAUGGUAACAUUCGAAUAUAAUACCUACCAAUUUUUUUUUUCUUAUCUUACUCUCUCUAUGCCACCUGUUUUUUUUUUUUUUGCCUUUCGAAUGCAAGAGCCAGAAUUGUUCUCAAACAUGCCCUCCAUCACUGACCCACACUGAUGGUUCAAGCCAAACAGUGAAACAAUUUCCUCAUGUUGAUUCUACCAGAGAGGUAGGGUUGCCAGGUUUUCGCAACAAAACCCGCCCAACUGCUACUCAAAACUGGCCCAAAAUGUUUUCGGCGGGGUUCCUUUUUAAGAAGGAAAAUUGAUAAUGCUUUUAGAAGUAGUUAGGGUUUUUAGAUUGCCCCUUUGUUAUCAUAUUCAUCAGUUCCAACCAGCAGAAAGGGCUGAUUUCAUAAUGAAACAAUUAUGUUCUUAGUGUUUUCUUUCAUUUUCUGAGUGCCAGUGCAUCUGUUAAUAUAUACGUUUAGCUGUGUAAUAUAGUGCAGUAUGUUUAUAUUAGAAGUAUAUAGGUCAGUAUGUGAUGAAUAAUGAAGAAAGUACAACAUUAACUGCAUGCUUGCAAACAGUGUUGCCACGGGAACAAAACAAAAUCCUUGAUCAUUUAAAGAGAAACGGUCUGCUUGUUCGUCGUGUGAUGUAUAUGGAAAGUUUCAGUGUAAAGAAGAGGAGCUGAAUGGUCUUUAGACUAUGACCUCCUCUUUUUGUAAGCUGCUAUCUGCUGUAGUCUGGAGGAAAUGAAUGCUGCCUUAAUGACAGUGAUCUCAGGAUCAAACCAGCGAGGGCUACUCAAAUGUCCAAUCAUGAGAACAUUUGGUCAUGUGGUAUUAACGUACUAAUGGUAAUGUUUUGUAUAAAUGUAUUGUUAAUUAUUUUCUACCAUGUAUGUCUUUUACAAGGAGUUUAAAUGGAGGGAAAUGCAAUGUCGCGCGGGUUGAAAAGAUUUGAUAAUGCUGUUAAACUGUUAUUAUUUUGGCGAUUGGCUAUGUUGUGUAAAAUGAUGUUUGAAUGGUGACUUGUUUUGAGUAUUGUUGGCUCUGAAAAUUUAAAUUGUGUCUUUCGUAAGUUGCUCACAUCAUAAUUAUACACCAUUUAACUCCCACUCGCAUAAUUCAAUUACAAUUGUGUCCACAUCUGUUUUUUUUUUUUUCUGAACUCUUCUCUUUGUUCUUUUGAGUAUAUAUGUGGGAAAUAUUACAUUAGAUUCUGAAAAAAACUACAACUCUUGGCAUGUCAGAAUAUACAUUAAAAACAUCCUUCUUA